GUGUGAGGCGGACAAUAAAACGGUUACUCGGAAUCAGCCGCGUGGAAUUAGGGCAAUGGCUGGAGCAUCUUCGCCCUGCAUCUUCUGUCAAAUUGCCCGCUCUUACACCUCCACCACUCUUCUCCACUCCGAUGACAAGGUGGUUGCAUUUCAAGACAUCAACCCUUCCGCCUUCAGGCAUUACUUGGUAAUUCCUGUGGAGCACAUCGCAACUGUUAAAGACCUCCAGAGGAGAGCUGAAGAUUAUUCGUUAGUUGGUCACAUGUUAAAUGUGGGGCAAACCCUACUACACAGAGAUGCACCUCAUUCCAUGGAGUACAGAUUGAUCCAGAGAAGCUACUCUAGACUUCAGUUACCACCAUUAGCUGUUGGAGUGUCCAAGAGCCAUGUAUUAUUGAAAACUUUGGCUUUCAUCGGCCUCCAUUUAACAGUGUUAACCAUCUGCACCUCCAUUGUUUGGCACUUCCUUUCACACCUAGGUAACCAUGUUGAUGGUAGUGAUGGCUGCUAUAUGAUGCAUCUCAGGGAUAUACCAGGAUCAUUGCUUUUGCAAGAGAGUAUACCAGCCAAAAUUUGGCUCCCUGUCAUAUGACUCGUGGGCCAGGUUGGGAGACUGAUCAUAUUUGAUUGAUCCAACAAAGGGGUGUGGAUGGGUUUUUGGGGCACUGAAAAGAAACUAUACAAUUUUUCUGGAAUUUUAGAAGUAUUUUUUAAAGAAAAAAAUAAUCUUUGGUUGUUGUGUAUUUUGGAAGUUCAGACAGGUUCAUCAACAGUUACCCUGCAUUUGAUUUGUGGACGAAUUCCAUGUUACUUGUGCAAAA